CCAAGAAACCUCUACCCUCGUGAUGUCAUCUCUCUCCGACAACGGAGUCUACAUUGGAACAGAGAGCUGCUUCAACGGUUUCUCGGACAAGACCGGUGAUGUCGGGUUACCAUGUGAGAGAAGAGAGGAUACAAAAACAGUGGCGUGUGAGGUACUGUCACCUCCAACGUUGUCAUCGCACGUGCCGUUGGUGCUGAAGCGAGAGUACACGAGUGAUGGUCGGCUUUUACUUAAGGAAGAGAAAGCGCGUCGUCACGAGUACUUUCAAGCUCACAGAUCCAACGGUCGUCUCACGCUCCAGCUAGUCUCUCUUGAUGAUGAUUAUCAUCAUCAUGCUCCAGAUGUUAAGGAUGGUGUUGAUGAUCAUAACGAUCCUGCUUAGGCCUUGGUCAUUGCAAUUGAUGCUUCUUUGUUCUGUUUGUUUCUCAGGAUGUAUGAAUUGGUACUUGUCUUAUUUUUAAUGAUGAAGCGUGAAGUGAAGAUAU